AUGCUGCGUCGCUCAUGGGCUCUUCUUUGCGCCGCAAAUGGCGCGGGUGAGCCACGGCGCAAAAUCCGAAUAGAGAGCGGCUACGAACGGGAGAACAAGAAGAACUACGAGGAACGUGGCCAGUUCUUCUCCGCCUUUACAAGUAUGUCAAUCAUGUCACUUGGGUGCACCUUUCUCUUUGUGCCUCUCUAUCGCAUGUACUGCGCACCGACGGGUCGCGGCGCCGACCCGAAGUUCUACACCCCGCAGGCGCAGCGCGAGCGCGAGGAGAUGGACAAGUCGUACCCGGUGCCGAAGAAGCUGCUCAAGGUGCGCUUCCUCAGUGAUGUGGGAAACACCAUGCCCAUUGCCUUUGUGCCGCUACAGAAGGAAGUGGAGGUGCUAGUGGGGGAGCCGGCGCUGGCGUUCUACUCCGCGUACAACCGCAGCAACCGCACGCUGCUGGGUGUCUCGUCGUACACCAUUGCGCCACCAGAGGCAACUAACUAUCUGAACAAGAUCCAGUGCUUUUGCUUUGAGGAGCAACGAUUUAAGCCACAGGAGCUAGUGGAGAUGCCGGUAUUCUUUUACAUUGAUCGUGACUUUUUGAAUGACCCAUUAGUUAACUGGCUGGACGAGGUCAUUGUGAAUUACACAUUCUUCAAUCUAGAGAAGACAAAGGAUAUCAUCUUCCGCUCGAACAUGGCCUGA